UAUAGUAUUUGAUAACCUAACAAGCAGAUAAUUAGUCCCACUGCCACAUCUUUGCAACACAUCAGAUUUUUUAAAAUCCGAUGGCCAUGGAAGAGGAAGACCACGCCACUGUCGCUGUACGAAACCCUAGCCACCGUUUUGAACGUCCCGUCAAAAUCAAACGAUCAAGAAGUGAUUCAAUCGAUGGUGUAGACUCAAUCAGCGAUCUACCAGACGCGGUUCUCCAACAUAUCUUCUCCUAUAUUCCGACAAAGUUCGCGAUCAGAACCUCCGUCUUGUCCAGGCGAUGGAGACAUGUAUGGUCGGAGACACCUCAUCUCUCCUUUAAAUGGCUCAGUGUUUCCCCAGAAUCGGUAAACAAAACCCUAGCGAGCUACAAGGCUUCCAAAAUCACGAGUUUUCAUCUCUGUACCCGUUUAGCCAGCACGGCUCAUCACCAUGUUAAUAGCUGGAUCGAGUUUGCAAUGUCUCACAACGUGGAUGAUCUUUUUCUGGAGUUCCGUGGUUUUCUCACAACGAUGAAUUACAGUUUUCCAGAUUUCUUCUACAGCAAUUCCUCUCUAAAGAACCUCAUAGUAGACUCACGAUGUAAUGAGAUGAUUCCCAGAUGCACCGUGUCUUGGACGUCACUAAAGUACUUGUCUUUGAGCUGUUGUGAACUCUCUGAUGAAUCCUUUCUUAAGAUUCUGUCUGGUUGUCCAAUCCUGGAAACCUUGAGAUUGUAUAGUUAUGAUUCAGUUAGGUAUCUUGAUCUGAGUAAAUCGCUGCACUUGAGGAUAUUGGAUAUAGAUUUCUCCUCUUUUUUUAGAAGGCCUAUAAAUAUUGUGGCGCCCCAUAUCCAUUAUUUGAGAUUGAGAAACUCUGAGGCACAAUGUACUUUAGUUGAUGUCUCCUCUUUAACUGAAGCUAAAGUAGACAUUAGCUAUAUCGAACCAGGUUGCUGUUAUUACAGUUUUCAGCUCUUGAAGCCUGAUGUUCUUCAAGGUAUAGUGCAAGCAAUGCUAGAAAAGUUUCAAAACGUAGAGAAGCUUACUUUUGGGGUUAACUUUCUUCAGGUAAUAACCUUACCUGAAUCUCGAAAGCUUGACAUUGCAUCACUGUGAUAGACUUGAGAUUCUUGAUCUGAGCAAGUUGCUGCAGUUAAAGAGAUUGGAUUUAGAUACUCAGGGACCAACGCAGAUUGUGGCGCCACAUAUCCGUUGUUUGAGAUUGAGACACUCUCAGUCACAAUGUGGUUUAGUGGAUGUCUCUUCUUUAACCAAAGCUUACUUGAACAUCUACUGUACAAGUUUUUAUCAUUUCAAAUCUGAUUUGCUUCAAGUUUAUGUGCUAAAUAUGCUUGAAAAGUUGCACAAUGUGGAGAACCUUACUUUUGGGGCUACCUUUCUUCAGAUGUUAUCUCUUGCCGAAAUCUGUGAUAUUCCUUUUCCGAUGCUCAAAGUCGAAGUUUUGAUUCUUGAAACGAUGAUUGUUCCGUCUGUCAUUCCUGGUAUAGCAAAGCUGUUACAAAACUCACCUGGAGUGAAGAUGCUAAAACUAGACAUUGUGAACAGCAACAUCGUACCGGAUGCUGAUCUUAAUUACUACUUGGAUUUGAAAGAGUUGGAUCAGAAUCAGUGCUGGAAACCAAAAGAUUUGGACUUCUCGACUUCUUUUCAGCCGAAACUCAUGACUUCAUUCAUGGAGUUUCUACUGGAAAACACUAGAGAAGACAAUAUAUCUCAGUACAAUUGGCAACUAAGUUGACGGUAGGCAAUGAUAAGGAAGACUAGGAUAUAAACAAGACCCAUUUGUUCAACUGGAUUGGGAGGUUACAUUGAUGAUACAACUGAAUUUGAAACAAAUGAUUGAGAUGGUUCUUACCUUCUCACAACAAACAAUUGUUUAGUUGUCUAUCAUCUUAUCAACUCAAUGCUGUCUUAGUCUUUAAAUCAUGUAUUUAUGUUUGGAACCUUUAUUUUUUUAUUGCAUAUAGUAGGUUUUACCAUUUUCCGGUCAAAAGACUGAUUUUAUUUCAGGGUCAAAGAAAGAAUGAAAUGUACAAGGAUUUGUUUCUUUGUACAAAAUCAA